AAGAGAGGUGAAGAAGAACACAAGCUAAAUGCUGAAUGAAAGGGAAAACAAAAGUGUAAGAGACGGCCGACCGAUAGAUGAUGAAUCUCGGCUAGAAGAAUCUCCAUAACGAUACGAUUUGUAGACUAUGCAAGUAUUUUUAUGUAUUAAAGGUUAUGUUGUAAGUUUUUAUCACAAUAUUUGUAUUGUAGCUGCUCAGUGUUUUAUAUGAUUAUAUAAAAUGGAUAAAACCGAAAAACAAAAACAAGAAAAAAAAAACCAACCAACCAACCGGACAGACAAAACAUUAUUGUAUUACAUACAUCUUAUAUAUAAUAAAUAUGCUUCUUAAUAAAAAAAAAAAAAAAAAAAAAAGACAAAUACAACUUAUUUAUGACGGAGGAUUUACAGAAGACACGAUAACCUAAGCUGGGGUGGCUUACACGGAGAGACCCAAACAAUAUAAAAAAAAGCAGAAAGGAAAAAUUAAUUAUGAUACUUGAGUUAUCUUUGACGUAUAGUUCUGAUAACUUGCUCGAGUUGUGCAGGCUUCAUAAUGCUUAGAAUAAUUAAAUUAUCUUUCUGCAAGAGUUUCGAUAGCAGCCCCAACAACGACACCAGGAACAGCGACACCAAAACACAGUCGCAGUGACAGCUCAAGUUCAGCACAAGAUAGUUAUCUUUUAGUCGCGUAAACCUUUUGUAACAUUCUUGACCGUCAUUGUUUGGCUGGAAGUCCCCCCUGAUCGAGCUAGAUAAAUCGAAUCAUAAACUGUUUUAUCAUGAUAAUAGCCACUGACCAUACGAGUUGACGCCAAUAUGUUUAGAUUACUCAUAUGAUUACUCAGAGGAACAUGGAACCAAUAAAUUUAAGCAAAUUUAUAAAAAAAAUAUAUAGAUGGCAACCGAAAGAUAAAGAUAGACAGCGGACUCGGGGGCAAAUACUAUAUACAGAGAGAGAGAGAGAGCGAAAGAGAUAGACUGAGAAGUUGUGCACUUAGAAUCCGUUGGAUUCCAACCCAGAAAUGCCAAUCAAAUUGACAUUCAAUUCCAAUCCUGACCCCAUAGACAACAUGCCAGGCGAUAAUCGAUAUUUGACCUAGGCCAAUAUAAAAAUGACUAUUCAAAGUGUGCUGCACCUCCCCCGAACUUCAUCUCCUCCCCCAUCCCACGCGACGACUGUCUUAGAUAAUCGACGACUAAUUUGAUGUCUGACUAAAUGUUUGUGCUCAAUUUGAAGCACAUUCGCAGUAGCGCACAACGAUUCAUCAAAUGGCGCCUCCCCACGCCCCUCCUCAAAGAGUCAUAAUCAAUGCAGACACGUCAAAGAAAUGCCAAGUGGGUUGGUUGUCUUCUAGCUUCUAUCUCCCUCCCCUUCAAGCCCCACCAACGCGGUUGUCAACGGGCGUUGGACUGUGACAUUUGGCAAUUUAUUGAAGACGAGUUCCAAUCAGAGCAAAUCAUGCGAAGCUCGUCUAAUAUGGCAGCGCUGGAUUUAUGGCCGCGUGCUGAGGCCAUCAACAAAUAAAAGGUAAGUGUGAUAUCGGCCAGAUUCCAGAUUUCCCACUCCCCCUCCGCCUACUUCCCUCCACAGUCGCAACUCAUUCGGCAAACGUAACGAGCUUUUGUCCUUUGUGGUGAGCAAUGGCGUGCACAUUGCAUGUGAAUGGAGCAGGGAAAAAGGAAGCAGGAAGGGAAGGGAAGGGAAGGGUUCAGGGGUGCAUGCGAGAUAGAUAAGUAUUGCAUGAAGCGAGAGCUGACUGACUGACUGGCUGGUUGACUAGCUGGCAAAGUCGAUGUCGAUUCGCUCACAGAAGCAUUGAAUUGGUGUUAAGCACGAACUGCUCUGCGGAAUGGAAAUGGAAAUCGAAAUGGAAAUGGAAAAUGCAAAUGAAAAAAUCAGCAAGUUGUCAUUCGACACAGACGGCAACUGAAGCUAGCCGAGAGCAGACGACAUCACAAGGAUCACAGAAGCAAGUCAAAAAUGUCCAAUCAACUAUUUUUCCUCAGUUUGGCCGACAUAUUCUCCGUGUAUCCGGCCAUCUUUAAGGAUGUGAGUAAACAGCUCAAGAAGACCAAACAAAUCUAUCUGCCCAGCGAUGAAGAGUGGCAGGAUAAAAUGUACUACAUGCUCCUCGAGAUUCAGCGUCAGGUCAACGAAUCCGCGGAUGUCAACAUCUCGCUCAAGGACAUCGAUAAGCGUGACAAACCCGCCUUUGAUCCCGAUCGCAUUACCAAAAUCAUCUCACCUGGAGUAAGUCCGAAUGGUCGCCGAAGUCGUGUGUUGAAGUAUUGUCAUGAUACGACUGUGAGGAUUAGGCUUAAGGCAAGUGCUCGCUGGAAUCUGCCCACGAUUGCCAAUGCAGCCAAGUUGCUGAGGAAACCUCCUCUGCCGGUUCAUUUCCAGAAUGAACACGAGAUGCGGUUGGCUUAUUCCCUCAUCUACGAUGUGUUUCGCUAUAAAACAGUUUUGUGCAACGCGUUAUCGGAUGUGAGUUUUUUCGAUCGGGAAGAAAAUCAGAAGUUCAUCAAGGAUGAGCAGCGUAUUUGGUUAAUGCUCUUUGAGCUCUACGAUCGUCACUUCCGCAAUCGCAACUCGGAGCUACACGAGCUGCAAGCCCAACUCUACAAGGAGUCCGAGGUAACAGAACACGCUGCGGUGCUUUGGCGCCAUCGCAUCAAGUUGGCUGCCUCAAUUUCCCGCAUGCGCAUUGGGGUCGGAGCUCUGCGUCUCUCCCAGCUGCUGCCCAUUCACUUGCAAAACGAGAAGGUGGCCAUUGCGGCUGCCAAUCCAGUGGUGACGGGUUGGAUUAAUCCCUUUCUGGUGCGCAAUAAGAUGGAGGCGGAUAAGAUACUUACGGAGAUGGGCUACACUGUGCAUGGACCUGAUGAUGAGCAGCCGCUACUUGAGCAGCACUGCAAGUGGGACAAUAUUUGUCCAUUGGUCAUCUCGGUGAUACCCAAGGAUCGCAGCGAGUUUACAAAGUCUGUGCUGAUGACCAAGCACAUGUUUAUUAUGCAGGACAAAAACUUUUCCUUUGGUCCCGCCAUAAUGUCCAAGCUCAUGGACUACUUUGAGCUGUACGGUGACAUACUGCAAACUCACAUUGAUUCACCACGCUCCACAGCCUACUUGGCAGCCUUGUUCUACUCCGUAAACCGCGUCAACAAUUUCUAUGUCUAUGGAGCAGGCGCCAAUCUCAAGGAGUACCGACGCUACAUGGAGUCCAUAGGAGUCAACAAUAUACGUCUCUUCGCGGAUGCCUUUACCUCAUUUCCCAUGGAAUCGAAUCGUUUUCGCACCGUUGUGGGGGUAUUUGCCACGCCCCCGAACUCCUUUAGUGCCAUCUCGGAUCCCAUUGACUUAAUCUGUUCACGUGGUGGUGAUUUAAGCAUGCUUGAGGUGCUCACCGAGUCGGAGGUCAGUGAUGAGGGUAAACAGCGUGUGGGAUGCAUCCUCGAGGAGCAGCUGCUCACACUGACCAUGACUAUGUCACGACCCCAAGUGCAAUUUGUGCUCUAUCAAACACACUCGAUUGUGACCACCGAGAACGAGGAUAUGGUUCAACAUGUGCUGCAGGUGAUCAACAAACUGGCGCUGGAGAAGCAUCGUCAGGCGUAUCGCGAGGUCAAGCGACUCGAAGCCAUUGCCGAGGCGGAGGCAGCGAAUAUUCCAGCUGCUGCGAUGUCAAAGGAGUCGCCACGCAAGAAGGAGAAACUCUCCGCCGAGGACAAGCGGAAAUCCCAACCAGAAUUACCUGCCAAACCGGGAGAAACGGGUGCUGUUCCUGUGGUACCUUUGCCUCGCGUAGAUAGCAUUGAUUUAAUCUGCACGCCGGACAUCGAUGAGUUUGUGCUCGACAUUGUGCCAGACAUUUGCAUCAAUCAGGACAAUUGCAUUGCCCACCAGUCGACGGGCAGUUUUCUCUCGCUUAUCCGUCGUAAAUCGCUGACACAGCUCAACGAAAAGUAUCUCAUUAGCAUGGCGGAGCGUCGAGGACUCUUUGGCAAGCCAGCGGAUCGUGAUAAGUCGCGCAAGGCAGUUAAGAUGCAGGAGGUCAACGAACCACCGCUACCUGAUGCCACCUACGACAACAGCUCAGCUACGUCGCGUACGGGAGGACAACAAUCGGCGCGUUUGCAGCACCAGCGACCAACCCAGGCAAGCGCCAUACGAUCGCACCUGACAAAGGUGUCGGCGACGCAACGGCAUCCGAUAGCGUUCAACUUUAGGCGGCGGGAGUGCAAGCGUUUUUACGUCUUGCCUGUUUAUAUGCACAGCACAAAGCAAAACAGCCGCUUGUGGUGGCAAUACGCCUUUAAAUGUGUCACGCGCAAUGGCAACGAUGCCAUCUGGAAUCCGAAUCUUAAAUUCAAGCUACACUGCAAACGGCAGCUGCGCAUCCGGAAACUGCGACGUGUGAUGUGGUCGAAUCGGGAGCCGCUGCAUUUGCACAUCCAAGACAUCGAGUUGAUCUGCCAUCUACGCAGAUAUAGCAAGUAGGAAGUGAGAAACUUAUUUGUUAACUAUUCGUAAGAGGGGACCAAUAAUAAACACUAAUUGAAAA